AUGACAAAAAAAGAAAAAUUCGACUUAGGUGCGCUUGUGAUUUUCUGGCGCGAGUACCCAUGUGUGUUCGCGACGCCUCGACCCGGCGGGGAGUCGUCUUGUCUGCAAGGCCCUGAUUGUUUUAUGUGCUGGGAGAAUUGCGAACUUCUUCAAUCAAACUAUCAAGUCUGGGGUGCGGUAUGCGAUGAGAAAGACAUUUGUUUCCCUGGAUGUAAAGUUGCGUGUGAAUUUCACACGGAAGCUGCGAGGGCGUCACAAACACAACCCGUAAUUCACACGAAAGGCGAAGGUGUUAUGCGCGUAAGUGGUGCAGUUGCUCGUUGGCCACCGCCAACCCCAAGGGCUGCCAGACCCGCUCCUCUGGUAUACGUCGUUAUGCGAAGAGCUGCAGAAGGUCCUUGGCGACAAAUAAUACAAACCCAAUCCUUAGCCACUCGUGUACCCUCAAACAAUGAAGGCGCUUUACUCCGUGUCCUAGUAGUCGAUCCCUUAGGCCUCGUGACAAUUUAUAGCCCUGAUGAAACUUGGGUAGCACACGACAGCAAUACAUCUAAUCACGACGAGCAUAAAUGGAUUCUGAAAGAAGUUUCGCUCAUUCAUCAAAAAGUUCUUGUCAUUGGUGAAAUCGCCUGGGAACCGAGGAUAGCUCGAGGUGUGUAUCUUGUAACGUGGGAGGUUGAUGGAGGUGGCUUAAAAGGAAAUCUAUUCACAGAUUCCACUAGAGUUACAUUAUCUCUGUGGCCAGAUACAAUUUAUCAUAUUCAAGUGGAACUUGUUUCUCGCACGCCGGGCGUUGAUAAUGAAAAAUCGGAGAUGAUGACAAUAGAUACUAGUCGCGCCCAGCGUGUUUCAACAGAAAGUGUACAAGAUGUUGAAGUAAGUGAAGGUGACCGACUCAUGUCUGUUUUGGUUAGUUCAAUGAGAGGAGAACGCGUCCCAGAAAGAGCACCUGAUUCAGAACUGGUUCUAGGAUGUCUUUCCGCCAUGAUCGCGUUUGGAUUAGCUGUACUCGCAGCUGUCAUUUGGAGGCGAAGACGGCGCGGUACCUUUCCAGGAACCAAUGUCUAUGUAGGAUCCUCAUCUGUCCUAAAGAGAAAGCUCGUCGAGGACUUUACUCCCAAUGCGCAUUGUUUUCAACCUGUCCUUACCCCUCAAAAUACCGCCAACGUUCCCCCUCCACGGGAUGUAGUAGUGUGA